AUGAAUUUGUUGAAAAAUGAAUUGAAUAAAUUGUAUCAGGACAAGGGACUGGACAGUAUUCUUGGCGUCGAGGACUGGGUGGACCAAAUGAACUUCGGCUAUUCAGUGCUGCUUCUUCUGAUUGGCAGUGUGAUUGUAGCGUCUGGCAACUAUUUCUUUAAAGCAAUCGCCUGCUACCUGCCCACGGAGGUGGACGGCAGCAACUUCAUCAAGUAUGUGGAGAACUUUUGUUGGGUGGAGGGAACUGGCGCGUUUCAUCACAAUGAAAGCCUGCCCCAGACGAGGCAGGGCUGGGAAGCAAGCAUGGACACGCGCAGAUUGGGUACGUUGUCAAGUCCUUUCAACGCGACGAAGUGA